AUGAGGAUGCUGUAUCUGAUUUUGCUAUUCACUGAAAGUCUUCAGCUCCAGUGUGAUAAAAAGCACAUCACACAACAUGUUGGAGGUGAAAUCAAUCUAAUCUGCUAUUAUGAUCACCGAUUCCGGUACAGUAAGAAGUACUGGUGCAAAGGGAACUCGGGAAACACCUGUACGAUUUUGGUGGAUACAAAUAGUAAAACUGACGCCACUCACAGGUCUUUCAUCGCAGAAGAGGGGAGAGGAUUGCUGCGUGUGAAGGUCAAGGAUCUCACACUUGACGACGGUGGAGUGUACUGGGUUGCAAUCGACAAAAUGUAUGCUGACGUCAUGACGUCCGUUAAUGUUGUCAUCACUGAAGUUCCGGUUUCCAAACCGAUGCUUCGUCCCCUGAGCUCUCUGGAGGACGGGUCCACCUGCCGGGGGAACCCACUGACAGUGCGCUGCGGUCCGACAGAGGGCACCGGCGUUGAUUACGCGUGGUACCAACGCACACAACACAACCAAUUUGUCCUUCAAUACUCGUCAGACUUAUACCUGAAAUGCGACAUGCUACGGGAGGACGGCGAUUAUUACUGCACAGCGAGCAAUGGAAUGAGCAGUCAGCAGAGUGACGUCCUGUCUGUGAAGGUGCUGAUGCCUGCGGAGCGCGGCUGUAAAUAUGUUGUUACGUUGCUGGGCCAACCCUUUUACGACUGUGAGGACAAAACGAGCACCGCCACGGCCAAACCUGCUCCUCCGACCAGCCGCCAAGUUACCAUGACAGUCCACUCUGACACAACAAAAAGGUCUUUACCAAUCAAUCAAACUGAUCCACAUCCGUUUCUCAGCAGGGCAUGGACAGGGGUGCCGUGUUGGUAUACAUUGCUCCGUUGGGGCUCUUUUGUGUCCUUAUUGAUAGUUUUGUGUGUCAUAGUCAAAUGCACCAAAGGAAGACGCAAAAGGGCCAAAAGGAAGAGGAGGGCUUGUACCAGGGUAACGGCCCAGUUGGCUAAUUGACCUCAUUUUUACAGCGGCAGUUCUGUGGAAGUCAUAUAAGCUUGUGCCACGUUUGUUUAUGGUUUCAUAAAACAGGAUGAUUCGUGAAGAGUCUGGGUCAUGCACUUAUUCAGCAUGUUCGUCACAGCGCUCCACUGCAGCAUUUAUUAUCACAGUUGAAUACUUUUACAAGUCAUCUGAGACCUGCCUAACUUAGCUUAACUAACUAACUAAUUGUCAUGCUCAAUUAUAAAGGUUACUAUGAUAAUUUUGUGUUUGUUACGUAAUAUCAGAAAGCAAUAGUUCAAAGAAAGGAUACUUUUUCAAUGUCAGGUGAGAAAGAUGACUAUGACAAUUGAUGGGAAAGGAGACCAGUUGUUGCUCUCCUUUUCAUUUCUUAUUUGUGCAUUUACAUUUAUCCGAUCAGGCAAAUGCAGUUACCCUCAGUUUAUUUUAAUUCCAGCAUGUUUACAGUUGGAAGCAAACCCACAAAUCCUGACCAAAGUGCGUCUCUCGUCUCUAUAAUGCUCAAAUAAAGUAGUCCAAGCACUCACGCUGACUUUUAGUAUGUUGGCUUUAUGUUGAUACACAUAAUCUGAUUUGACAGACUAUUCAAUGAAAGUAUGUGUGUAAUCAUUAUACAUGUUAAUAAAGCGUACUGUUUUUGCAAAUUCUGUUUCAGUAAGUGUACACCAAGUACAGGUAGAGUCUAUUUAUUGUAUGAGUGACGCAGCCGUAUAAGGAUAGUUAAGCAGAUUCUGUAGAAAUACAAAUACUUCUCCAUUUUUUUUUUCAUCCAAUCUGUUGCUGAUAUUGAAUGAUGAUUCAGCGGUGAGGUUUUUUUCUGGCAUGGAGGUUUCCUGUCUAAGUUUGGUAAAUAAAAAUCCAACGAUUUGGCAGAGAAAUAUGGGCAGUGGCUUAGCUUCCUGUUCGUUCCAUUCUCAUUGCUAAGCUGCAGGUACCACUGACGUACCACUGAAUUCUCAAGCUAAAAAUGAUUAAAAAUGCAACUCCCCAUUUGAAAACUUCCCACAUGAGUCAUGUCUUAUGUUUGUGACUCAGUGGCAGAAGAGAAGAAUGGACGGAUAUUUUAUUAAAAGUAGGGGGAAGCACAUCACUUCCUCAUAUUGA